CGUGACUUGAAGCCAUGAUGACUGUGGCGUCAGUGGGAGCGGUAGGCAUCACCAUUUUGGCGCUUAUGGCCAUUGCCUGUGCCGAGGGACACAUGUUCCACACACUCUCGUCCUCUACCGUCGUCAAUGAGGAUCUUCUUGGCGUGUAUGGCCCUCAUGGCCACCACACUGCUCUCCUCAGCCCUCUCCCGGUCUCGGCCGACGACCUCAUCAUCCUCGACUCGCUCUCCUCCAUUCCCAUCGAUAACUCGUCCAUCAUUCUCGACUCGCUCCAUUCGCUCUGCUCGACUCGUCGCCAUUCUUCUCCGUCUGAUCAUCAUCGCCAUGAUCGUCAUCGUUCAUCGCUCGAUGUCACCGUUCUCUCGCCCCACGUGGUUGCUGUGAUCGGACCUCGCCUCGCGGACUGUGUCGAGCUGGUCAAAGAGAACAAUGCCGAGCUUGUGUUGGAGUUGAACUCGGGUGCUGUUGAGGUCGGCAUGCGCAAGGUGAGGGAUGUGCCGGUUCCGGUCUCUGCGCAGGGCUCGGUCGUGCCGGACUCGGCGCCCGAGUGGAUCAAGAGCUUUGCAGCUGGCGCGUCCGAGAUCAACCCGAAGGUGGCAGAGGUUGUGGCCGCCAUGACCGCAGACGAGCUGAUGGCCAACGUUGAAGCGCUCUCGGCCAUCUACUCGCGAGUCUCGACUAGCCCGGGCGCGUUGGACGCUGCCGACUUGCUCGAGCUGUGGUACACCCAGGCCGGCUGGACCGUCACCCGCCAGCCGUACAAGGAGGGCUACUCGGACAACGUCAUUGCCGAGCUUCCGGGCAAGACCGAUCCGGAAGCCAUCGUCGUCGCCGUCGCGCAUUACGACUCGCGGGCCGACGACUCGACCCGCGCGCCCGGCGCCGACGACAACGGCUCCGGCACCGCUGCCCUGCUCAACAUGGCACGCGCGCUCACCAGCCACGCUGCGGGCUAUGCUUGCACCAUCCGCCUUGUCUCGGUGUCUGGCGAGGAGCAGGGCCUCCUCGGCUCCGAGGCCUACGCCAAGGCCAUCAAGGCCCGCGGCGACAAUGUUGUCAUGGCCGUCAACGCAGACAUGCUCGGCUGGGCACCCGAGGGCGACACCCAUGUUGUCGGCUUCAAGGACAAGUCGGUCACGCCGUGGGCCGUCUCGCUCGCUCAGACCAUCACCACCCUCUACGUCCCUGGCACCACCACCGCCUUCUCCAACUCGUGCUGCUCCGACUACAUCUCCUUCUACAACGAGGGCUACCCCGCUGUCGGCUUCUUUGAGUCGGCCGUCACUGCCUCGGCCUACCCCUACUACCACACCUCUAAGGACCUACCGUCCGCUCUUGAGCCCGAGCACUUUGAGGUCACCGCCCGUGGCUUUGCCGCCACCAUCGCCCUCUGGGCCGACCCGAUCUGAGGUUUUGUCCCACGAUAAACCACCGGUACCCU